AUGCCUAUUGAAACCGAAGUGCAGCCCGAAAGGGCAAACAAUGGCGAUCCUUUUCAUGAUCUUCCUGCUGGAUACCAGCAGGUGAUGAGCCCAAGUGGGCGUGCUGCGCAGGUGGUUGAUCCGAAUCAUGAUGACGUCAGGCCAAACGGUGUGGCCAGAAGGACCCCUGCAGAUGACGCAGCCUACUCACAGGCCCUUGCGGCAACCGGAACGGGAGCACCCAAUGCUCAAUCUGCAGCUACAGUGGAUGGCAGUGGUGCUACGGCCUUGGGGCCAACCGGAACGGCUGGGCAGGGUUUGGAUGGUGCUAGCAGCGGACAUGUCCAGAAUGAUGAUGGUGCCCAGUCGGGAAGAAGAAUGUCAAGGAUCGGGCAUGAGGUUUUUUCAUCGCCGGUGGUGUCGCGCUCAACAGGACAGGACCCGGCUUUAUUUCCGCAUUCUCAGCCGGCAGCAUCGCAUACAGUGGUAAGAGCGGUUAAUCCAGAGUUACUCCUGCCUUCGCCGAUGCCUUCUCCAACUGCUCAGGCUGUGGCGACAACGGACACCUCGCUAGGCUACAACCUGGCGCAGCAAGGCGCUGCGGCGAUGAGAUGGGUCACCAAGCUUAGUGAGUUCGUGCAAAGGAGAGCAUCCUAUGUUACCCAGGGGCGUGCGGAAGAGCAAGAGCAGACUACAGUGGUUCAUGAAACAAUGUGGUCACCUACCUCUAGGGCAGCAAUGAGUGGAGAAGAUCAACCUUUGUUCAGUCGCUCGCAAGCUAGGCGCCUACAUGAUAUGGCAGCGGCAGCACCUCAGCUGUACGGAUCAGUCCUUCAUCGAAGUGGCGGUUCGGAAUCGUCAGCUUCGUAUACCAAAGAUCAACUUGAGGCUGAGGUCCGACGGCAGGUGGAGCAGGCUAUGGAGAAACAACGUGGAGUUUCUGAUGAGAACAGGGCGUUGAAGGCAGAGCUAGAGAAACUGAGGCGCGCGUCGAAGGCAAUCCAGCAGGACUUUCCGGACAUGAUUGUGAGCAAGGGGGUCGUGAGUUUAGGAUACGUGCACGUGACCAAGUACCAGGAGGAAACCUUGAAGGACUCCAAGGCCGUGUCGCAGAGGGGCCAGAUGGUAAUCUUGGGGGACUUCGAGGACAUGAUGGUGCCCGAGGGCGUGAAGGUCGCUUGGAGCAUCAUGGAGGGCGUCGGGGCAAUCCACCAGGACUUUCGGGACAUGAGCAGCGUGAUAGACCUCAUGGGGCGCUACGGAAAUUCCGAGGGUGGGGUGAUCGAGGGUCCUCCCGGUCUUCUUCGAGGAUCGCAUCCACACCAAGGCCCAGGAGGUGAUGAAAGCAGUGGGGAUCGGAAUAGGAAGGUUAUGUUCGGAGGCAAUCCAGCAGGACUUUCGGGACAUGAUCGUGAGCAAGGGGGUAUUUCUAAUGAAUAUGCGUCGGGCAUCUCUGGUGGUCCUUUUGUGCAGUAUGCGUCGGGCAUCUCUGGUGAAGGGGGAAGGCCAUCAAUGUCAAGUGGCGCCGAAGGAGGCGCACCCAAGCCAGGGGUGAAUGAGCAGACUCAGAGUCCGAUGGAGGCGCUGGCGCAUGGAAUUGCGCAACUGCAGACUGCUAUGGCGAUGCAAAUGGGGAUGAGCGCUUCCAGGCCGGAGGCGAUCAGGCCGGGAACCUCCGCGUCGGAGUUGCCCAAGCUGGUGGAGGCGGAUGAGAUGGCGGCGAUCAACGUGGGGGAUUGGCUGCAUGGUCUCAGUGGACCGAUGGGGGACCUAACAGAUGGAAGUGCGCAGUGGUGGUCCCAGGUGUUGUCCAGUUUGGAUGCUUACUACGAUGACUAUAUCAACGCGUCGGCUGUGAAGAAGCUCCAGAUGAAGGCGGAGGACUACGCGGCCCCGAUGUUGAAGGAGUCCAAGUGGCUUCGUGUGGAUAAAAGGGCGGCCUCGAUGCUUCUUCAGGCGAUCCCCGACGCGAUCCGCAUGGAGGUGCUGGCGAACCGUCUUCAGACGACGCUCGCGAUCUUGGCACGGAUCCUGACGAUCUACAGGCCGGGGUCUGCGGUGGAACGACAGCAGGUGCUGAAAGCUUUGGAGUCACCCGGCAAUGCGGCAAACCCCAUGGAGCUGGUUGAGUGUCUUCGGAAAUGGGCUCGGUGGCUGAAGCGGGCUCAGGAUCUGGGUUUGCAGGUCCCAGACCCUUCGAUCUUGUUGAAGGGGUUGGACCAGUCGGCCAAGGCGCAGCUGGAGCGGCAUAGCGAGGUGAUGUUCCGCACCAACAUGCUCCGUUCAGUGGUGAAGUACCACUCUCACCUCUUGGGGGAGUUCGAGCAGAUAGCCUACAGAGGGCGUGCGCGGACCACUCCGAGCUCUACGGCGGCAUUGAAGGCUGUAGGUGUGGGGGCGAGCGAGGCACCCAACGCAGGGCAGGUUGCCAGAGACCCAAUUGCAGGUUUACACAUGACUGGGCAGCGAUACCUCGAGAAGAACGACAGGCUGGAGGCGGAGAGCAACCUCGACGUGAGGACGGCAAAGGAGCACAACCGUGGCCAGGAAACUGGAGGCGGACCGCGGGAUGUUGAUGAGUUCUUGAGGAACGCUACGCAGAUUCUCAAGUUGAUGACGGAGCAGCAGAGUGCGGCGAGACCGUCGCCGUCCAUGAAGAUGCUCAAGAAGGCGAUUAUGGAGUAUGAGAGCAAGAUGGCUCUGGUGGACAGUGGGGCUACUCAUCCACUACGACGAGCUUCGAAUGCCGAGUGGGACAGCGCGCCAGAAGUGGAGGUUGUGGUUGCGGGCGAAGAUGUGAAGAAGAUGGGACAGAACCGGGCAGGCACUUUGCUGUUGGACCCGGCGACGGAGAGGUCACAGACGAUCCUGCCUGUGGGAAGUUUGGUGGGGGUGCUGGGCUACGAAAUGAUAUGGUCGAAGCGGCGAUGCUUCCUACGGUCGCCGGAGGGAAAGGAGCUACCGAUGAAGAUCACCACGGGAUGCCCUGAAGUUGCGGAAACUACCGCACUGGAGCUCACUGCCAAGAUUGAAGAAGAGAAGUUGCUGGAGCUGGAACGCAAUGCGGAGUACACCAGGACAGCUAUGAUGAGGGCACAAGGGCUCCAGAGGGAUCCUGUGUGGGAGAAAAGUAUGAAGGCCUACGUCGCGGAGGGCAAGUUCGAAGAUGGGUUUCGAGCGUUGUCGUCGUCGCCAUGGGCCCACGACCAUCUCAACCUUGAGCUGGCUAGGGUUGUUUCGGACCUUCCAAAGUCGGACAGCGGGGCCUGGAACCUGAUGCAGCAGCUGGGCUUCAACCGAAGGAUGCGGAAGCGUAUGAUGACUAAGGACUGGAUAGUCAAACUGUGCAGCGGAAGGAAAUCGCCAACGGACAAGUUGUUCAAGGUUGUGGAGAGCAAUGGGACAAUGGUGUUGGACAAAGACCGGCAACGGCUGUCGCAGCUGGACAUUCUGAAGUCCGGGCCCAGUGUGAUGAUGAUGCUACUAUGGGGAGCGGCUACUGGACGCAUUGCGGGCAUCGUCGCUGGCUUACCAAAGCACAGCGCGGAGGAGCAUGUGUUGCGGGCGGUGUCCUUGUAUGAGGUUGCGAAGGCUGGGAGAGCGGCUAUGUGUGAGGCAAUGGACGUUCCUUUGGAUGGUGUGGCAUUUGCGUUGUGGGCUUCGGCGGAGGCUGAGGAAGAUGAGGUCACAUGGAUCUACUUCACUUUGGGCAAGGUGGCCUUGGACAUCCCCUACGUCGACCCACUUCUAUGGCUACCAACUUGGAUGUUGUGGAGUUACGAGGAGUACAAGAUCAACGGCUACAUGAUGAAGACUCCAAGGGGGCGUGGUCGGCAUGGGCGCCGAUGUGUGUUCUCGGGUGUUAGCCCGGGGCCUGAAGAGAUGGAAGAUGAGGCCUGGUUGGCUGUAGACCGCAAAGCAUGGGAGCGGCACUUGAUGAACGACCACCUACCUUAUAGAGCAGACUGUUUGCAAUGCAUCCACAAUGCUACUGGGCGACCUCACCGUCGAUGUUUACACCGGGACUGCUAUGUGAUGAGUGCAGAUACCUUGGGUCCAGUACGUGUUCCGGGUCCCAAAGGUGAGCGGUAUGCCGUUGUGUUCACCUACCAGUUUCCCAAACAACAUUUGGUGCCUGAGGAUCAACCUCUACCAGAGGAAGAGCUUGAUGGCUGGAACCUGGAUGCAAAACCCAAGGGUGACCCUGAACUUCCUACGGAAGGUGAACUUGAUGAACUACAACGAGAGCACCAACAACCACCAGAGGAGGACAGCGAAGAAAUUGACGUGAUGCCAAUGGUGGAAAAGCUGACUGCCAAGGCCACCGAGUCCGGGGAAGAUUGGUGGGAGUUCCGAGAGGCGGCGGGAGUACUGAUAAGGCACCAUGUGGCUCCCAGGACCAAGCUGUUCAGGCCUACUUCGUGGAAUGCGUGCCCUCUACACCCUGCUACGCUUGACUACACGCGAGUGACGGAGGUAAAGUAUGUGGGCGGCGGCGUGGAAACGGAGACAUCGGAUUGGCACCGAGUUCAGUCCGGAGCUCGGGCAUUGGAUCGUGAGUGGACGGGGCGAACUACGUUUCGAGUGUCAGCGGCGGAGAUCCCGGAGGAAGAAGAGGAGAUGCAAAAGGAUGAGGCGGCUUGGGAAAAGCUCGUCGGCGACCUCACCAAGCCGGUGGAUAUGGACACGAUUUACAUGGUGUACCCGGUACGCUCCAGGCGAGGAGGAGACAUCAUGUUGGCGGUCCAGGAGGCGGUUCUCAGGUUGAAGCUGCUUGGGAUGCCGGUAGCGCGACUCCACUCUGAUAGGGGUUCUGAGUUUGCCUCAAAGGGAUUGAGAAAGUGGCUGCUGGACAGGGACAUCUACCACACCCGGUCCGAAGCUCUUGUGCCCCAGACCAACGGAGCUGCUGAACGUGGAGUACGUUGGUUCAAAACCAUGGCGAAGGUGCUGAUGGCGGAGGCGAAGGUGAGUUCCAAGUUCUGGACGUUGGCUAUGCAGCACGCGGCCAAUAGAAGGAUGUAUGAGCGACUGGGCUUGGAAAAACCACGGCUGCUAAAGUUCGGGUCGAAGGUGAUGAUAAGGCGAAAGGUGUUCGGCAACAACAAGAAGUACGACCUCACCGACCGCUGGGAAGAAGGGACCUACUUGGGUUUGUCGGACACGAUCAAAGGAGGAGCAGUGGUACUGCGGCCCAGUGGGGUGAUAACGGAGACCCUCAACCUGAAGUUGGACGUGGUGGAUCCGCAUCUACUUUUGGCAGAACCUGAGGAGGAUGAUGGAGCUGGGAUUGGGCACAUGGAUGCGCGUGAAGUACCAGUUGUAGAUUUACCUGACCCAGCACGACGGUUGAGAGAGAAAACAGCACCUCCUGCGCUACGUGUACUUAGCCUACGUGAACAUCAUGAACUACAACAAACCCGAGGACCCAGCGGAUGGACUAUGAGGUCCAUUGUCAAGCAGCAAGAGGACAGAGCCAAGCACUUCUAUGACAUGGGAAAGUUUGAUUUGGAGUCCUGUGCCGAAGUGCUUAGUGGAGUUCACUUGGAGCGGGCCAAACGACAAGGUCGAGGGGAGGCGUCUUCGCUAGUGCUCGGAGCUUAUGUUCAUGGAGGUUUACGGGGUGCUACGAUAUCGUCAAGGCGAAGGCCCUGGUUGACCAAAUACCUCAACAUGGCCCUGCGGCAGCGGACUGUGGAAACUACGGAUUGCGAACCUUCGUGGACUACUUUGGGAGUGUUUCGGGCAGCGGAUAUACCACCCCAUCGAGAUCUUCGAAACCAGCCUGGGUCCAGGAACUUUGUCAUGGAAGUGGGAAUCAAGUCUGCAGGUGGGCUGUGGAUGUCUGGAAAGGAGGACUACGAUGCAAGUUUCGAGAAGCCGCACCAACGAGAACUUCCGGAUGGUUCGGUGGUGGAUGGUGUGGUUAUGGAUAUUACGAAGAGGGUGGCGGUGUUUGACCCGAAGAAGACGCACUCCUACAUCAAUCCAGAGGAUGGGGACAGAUGGAUCGUUGCGGGGUUCACACCACUUGGAGUUGAAAUGCUACCUCCUGAACCUGUAUCGUUCCUGAAUAAAUGUGGGUUCCCUUUGGACCAGACCGGCUUGGAGAUCCAUACUAUCGAACCGGACAUGGUGACUAUGGAAGAUGGAUCCUACUCUGACAUGGACCACGACACGGGCGAGGAGGAGGACAUUGAGAAGCGAGCUCGCGUGCUGCGAUGUGUUCUACAGGAGGAGCGAAAGGAGCUUGAGGAGCCUGAGGUGAUGAAUGGUUUCCAGGACAAGGUUGAGAACGCGUUGUGGGAAUGUGAACGUGAACUUCACUGGUUUGCUGUGCGUGACAUGAGAAAGAUUAUGAAAGUUUCCCCCGGAGAGGCCCAGGACAUUGAGGUUGAAAAACUAUUGGGUUCUUUGGGUGGUUCGUUGGAGGUUGUGUACAAUGUGAGCUUGCCGGAAGUGAAGAAGUACCUGGACCGUUGGAAACCAGCCAUACUCAAGGAGGUCCAAGCGCUGAUCGAUUCGGGAACAGUGCGACGACUAAGCCCUGAACAGACACGUGAGUUGAAGAAAGAUGGGCUGGUGGUGUUGCCGGGCAAAGCGGUCUUCACCGCCAAGCCACCGGUGGAUGCUUCGCUGGGUGGUGAUAAAUACCGAAGGAAAUGUAGAAUAGUGGUUUGCGGGAACUAUUUGCCAGACCGCAACCUGAAUGUGUACGCUUCUGGAACAAGUCCGGACUCGUUGAGGAUUGCUAUUGCCUAUGCGGUCAAGAUGGCUUGGUUGAUUGGCAGUACGGAUGUGGCAAAUGCUUUUACACUGGCGCCGAUGCCUGGUGGUAGACUCUAUGCAGUGUCGCCUCCUACGGUGGUGGUUAUGGCUCAGGGAGCAGCACCAGGGGAAACCUGGUUGAUCGAAAGGGUUCUCUACGGUCUACGGGAAGCUCCACGACUUUGGGGAUGCUUCCGAAAUGAGCGCUUGGCAGGAGCACGCAUUGAGACGGAAGAGGGCGUCCUUGUUCUUCGAAGUAUGACAACAGAUGAAAAUAUGUGGAAGAUAUGCUUCGAAACAGAUGAAACGAUGACCCCUCAAGGGCUGUUGCUGGUGUAUGUGGACGAUAUCUUGUUUCUGUCGACCAAGGAGAUUGUCUUGAAGGUGUACCAGUGGCUUAUUCAGGACUGGAAGUGUUCGGCCUUGGAGUGGAUGCACGAGGGCUUCAUCAGGUUCCUUGGAAUAGAGCUUCGAAGUUGUGAGGGCGGUGUGCAUCUUUCACAGGCGGGCUAUGUACGUGACCUUCUACGACAACAUGGAGUAUCAGAACAACCAGAGGCGGGAUUAACCAUCCCGUGUCAAAGGGAAUGGCUUCAGGACGAUUCAGAGGAGGAGCCCGAGACCGUGCCGGAGGAGUCCGUUGUGAAGUUGGCCCAGAAGGCUACUGGAGAAGCCCUGUGGUUGAGUACCAGGAGCAGACCAGAGUUGACGCACGCGGUAGCGUGCAUGGCGUCAUAUGCCCUACGAAAGCCCUUCAAGACCCUGGAGAUCAGCAAGAGGAUUCUGAAGUACCUCUCCCGGACGGUAGAGUACGGCAUCUGGUACAAAGUUGAACCUCAAGAUCCUUUACUCGUUGUGUACUCGGACGCGAGCUACGCUCCAGGAGGAGGCAGGAGCUUUGGAAGCACAAUGGCACAGGUGGCUGGAAUGCCUGUUGCAUGGCGGUCGGCCAAGCAACCGGUGAUCACGUUGUCAGUGGCUGAGGCAGAGCUCUAUGAGGGAAUCUCGGCUGUGCAACUGGGCUUGGGAAUAAGCGCUAUUCUAUCGGAGCUGGAGCCGUGUACAGUGAUGCACUUGAGGAUAGACAAUGCUGCAGCUCAGGGCUUGGCAAGUGAAGCCCCGGGAUGUUGGAAGACGCGUCACUUGAGAAUCAGGGCGAGGUAUCUACGUCAGGAGGUUGCGGCUCAAAGAUUGGUGAUUUCCCAUGUGAAUGGCAGCGAGCAGAAGGCAGACCUGGGAACGAAAGGCUUUGACCUCCCUAAGUUCAAGGCGCUCAUGAACCUUUGGAACAUCAUCCCGUGCACCGCGGAGGGGGUCGCGAAUGCGGCAGUGAAGACGCUUAAGAUUGCCAGCGGGAAGGGUGUGUUGGUGUUUGUCAUGGUGUGCUUGCUGUUGAUUAAGGGAGUCCAAGGUGCUAAAGAUGACCUACAGCUGGACGGGUCAAUGGAAUUCUAUGCCAUCGUGAUCCUCUGUGGGUUAGCUUGCGUGGUGGUUUGGGAAGUGAUCAAGAAGGCAAUGAACGGGCUUUCAGCAGGUUGGAAGGCUUGGACACGGAAGCAACGGAAGGUCGAGAGGCUCCGGGAGCGCGCAGAAGCAGCAGUUCGUGAUGAGUUCCGCCGUCGUGAGAAAGAGGAACCCCGUACGCCAAGGACACGGACUGCGGUAGACAUUUAUGGAACACCCGGAAGAGGGCCAGAGCAGACUGCAUCGUCGAGUUCCGGAAGGGCACCUACGAGGACUACUAUGACGGCGUGGGACCGGCACCUGGACACUAUGCCCGGGGCAUCGUCAUCAAGAGCAAGUACGAGGACGGUGUCAACUCAGACAGAGGUGUUACACGGGUUCAUCGAAGCAGAUCGUCUAAGGGCCUUCGAGGGUCCAUUUUGGAUCACGGCCAAUGGCGACCGUGUGCACACUGUUCAGGGAUGUCAUGGCCAGCGGAAUGCGUUUCGGCCUGCGAAGUCCUACACGUUGUGCAACUACUGCGAUCGGGAGAAGCCUCUCUUUGUGGUGAUGCCUCCGAAUCACACUUAG